UAAACAACAAGAAACACGAUGGCUUUGAUUAGAAACAAUCGAUUCAUGAAUCUCAAGCUUUCUCUUCCACAAGCUCCUUCCACUUCCCUCCCUUGCUUCAUCCCCAUCGCAACAGCCUCAACAACAGUUACUUCCUCCACAAGCAACACCAUCUCUGCUUCUGAUUUGGAGAGAGUCAACGUUCUAGGCUUCGGAAGCGGUGGAACCGUCUACAAAGUCAGCCACAAGACAACCUCAGCGACCUACGCGUUGAAGAAGGUCAAAGAAGACAUGGAUUCUACUUCCCGACACCAACUCCUCCGCGAGACAGAGAUCCUCCGCCUUGUCGACUCUCCUUACGUCGUAAAGUGUCACGACAUCUACGAGAAACCUUCCGGAGAAGUAUCUAUUCUGAUGGAGUACAUGGACCUUGGUACGUUAGAGUCUCUACGCGGCAACGUCGUCAAAGAGGAUCAGCUAGCUUUGAUCGCACGUCAAGUUUUGAAAGGGUUAAGUUACUUGCAUGGGCUCAAGAUCGUUCAUAGAGACAUCAAGCCAGCGAAUCUGCUACGUAACUCGAGAGAAGAGGUCAAGAUCGCAGACUUUGGAGUGAGCAAGAUCAUGGUCAAGUCGUUAGACAAAAGCAACACGUUCACCGGCACGUGCGCUUACAUGAGCCCCGAGAGAUUCGACAGUGAAGCUGCUGAUGUUUCGGAGGAAGACAAAUCAAACGUUUACGCUGGAGAUAUUUGGAGUUUUGGUCUUACCAUGCUGGAGAUCUUGGUGGGUCACUUCCCUCUGCUUGCGCAUGAAGAUAAACCAGAUUGGGCAACGCUUAUGUGCGCUGUGUGCUUAGGAGAAUCACCGAAAGCUCCCGAGGAAUGCUCUGAAGAGUUGAAGAGUUUUGUUGAUUGUUGUUUACGCAAGAAACCUAGCGAGAGAUGGACAGCUUCACAGCUUCUCAACCACCCUUUUCUUCUCCAGCAAGAUUAGGGUUAGGGAUAUUAUCUAUGGAGUUCUUGUGUUUUAUUUAAGAGAACUCAAAAGAUUCUUAGUGAAUCGAACCUAUGUUUUGAUUUUACUCUUGUAAGAAAAGAUGUAUAUUAUUACUGUCCACAUUGGAGAUCUGCACUCGUUUAUAAAGUCUUUCUAUAUUUUAGGUUUCCUCAAGCUUUAUUUCAAAACAUGAUACCAAACGAAAAAGACAACAAUGGUCUUUAUUGAAUGAGUUUCUCAGAUUCAUAUAGCUUAAUCCCAACAAACAAACACUAGUUAAGGGCAGUAAACCUGUGAAUAAAUUUUUUUUCUCAGAUUUGGUUUAUUCAGUGAUAAGCUUAUUCAAUGAUACUGCCUUUUUUCUGUAUGGUUUCCCAUAUUAUUAUGUUUUGAAUUUGAUAACCACUGUCAAUUUUACUAUCAUGUGAGUAAAUUUUCUUUGCAAUAACCCACAUACUGAAUGUUUUUAGAAUACAUGUGAAAUUACUCUUGAAUGUUUACUCUUGAAUGUGCUAACACAUUCUCAAGGUUGUGAAUGAUUUUGUUCUCUUGGGCUGACUUCUUAGCUCAAGACCAAGACGCCAUGCAAAUCCGUUUAUUCUUCCUUACACAUUGUUUUAUAUACGGCUACAAGUUUUCUUACAGGGAAUUGAGAAAGACAAAAACAAAAGUCUAUGUAAACCAACCUUGAGUAAGAAAAUUAUCAAGAAUCAAUCUCAGAAAAUAAACCCUAGACAAAAUACAUUUCACUAAGCUAAAGUGAUAUUGAAAAAUAGACCAAUAAUCUAAGAUAUAUUACCCUAUCUAACAUUUAGACAAUCUCCAAUGGUUCACCCUAUUUUUUUAUUAUAAAAUAGAAUAAUUCUAUAAUAGAGUUAUGAUAUACUUCAAUGGUAUUCUAUUUUACAAUAAAAAAUAAUGUGAUGAAAAAAAACAAAAAACAAUUUGACCAAAAAAAAACAACUUACUUUUUAUAUAUUGAGUAAACUAAUUUUUACUCUAUUAUAGAAUGAAAAGUAAAGUAACAUUAAAGUAUUUUUAUUCUAAAUUGUAGGAUUGGAGAUGCACUUAGGUAAUAGUAGAUCACCAAUUAUUUUUUCAACCCUUCAGAUAAUUAU